GCUCAACACUUGCUUUGCCCUUCGAACGCUCCCCUCACCCUCCUUCAACAAUAUUAGACCACCAUGCGUCUAUCAGACUACGAGGUAGUCUUCACCUCAGACUCGAACUACUUCUUCUCAUGCAGCGGAAAGUCGAUCCGCAUUCUUUCUGUCGAAACGGGACAGGUCGUGCGUAUCCUCUCGUCUUCGGUCGAAGAGGGCGGACACUCGAACACGGUGACAAGUGUCAUCCUUAAUCCCCGGAACUCUCUUCAACUCUACUCGGCUUCUCUGGACGGAACUAUCAAGCUCUGGGACUUCAACGAUGCGGUUCUGCUCAAGACCUUCGACAUCGGCUUCCCUAUCACACACAUGGUCAUGCACGAGAAUAUGCCCAAUGAUGUUUAUCUGGCGACGACAAAGAAGUCAACCAAGCGCUUCCAUCAAUACCAAGCAAGGAAGUCUGGUGGUCUUCGUGCAAAGGAAAACUCUGUGCUGCUUCGCUAUUCCUUUAAGUCGUCUCGCAAGAGACUGAUUCGCCUUCUCAAGACCCGUGCCUGCGGCGGAUUGGCUAUUUCUUCGGACGGAGAGUACUUGGUCAUGGCAGGGCGCUAUAAGUUGCACGUCAUUCAUAUUGCAGCCGGAAACGGAGUCGAGGCAGGCGGCGUAACCGAGAAUGACGAGUCCCGCUUCAGAUGUUACAUUACGCCGGAGAAGAUUACCUGUCUCGCGUUUCACCCAACUGAAGGAUGCAUUGCUACAGGAGAUGAGCGUGGACGUAUUACGCUCUGGUACUGCUUCGGAAAGAACGUGGAUAGACCAGUGACAACUAUCAUGCACUGGCACGCUCACAAGGUGGCGGCGCUCACCUUCACAUCCGAUGGAACCUACCUGCUGUCCGGAGGAGAGGAAGCGGUAUUGGUGAUCUGGCAGCUCAAUACGGGAUUCAAACAGUUCUUGCCACGACUAGGAUCGGAGAUCAAGCACAUCACUGUCUCGCCCGAUCAAGGAUUCUAUGCAAUCGGACAUCAGGACAACUCUGUCAAUGUCAUCCGUAGCGUGGACCUCAAGAUCAAGACCGUUAUUCAGGGGCUCAAGUUUUCCCAUGUGAACCACCUCACCAACCCUCUAUCGACUGGACUGGUGAUUGAGCCUCGCAAUGGCCACGUCGUCCUUAAUGGAAUGCCUGGAACUCUUCAGUUUUAUGAUCCGAUUAAGGAGCAACAUAUUAUGGAGCUGGAAAUCACCCCCCGCAACAAAGUGUCGCGUACAGACGAGAAGGAGAUCAUUCAGCCCAACGUCAUGCACUGCGCCUUCUCGAAUGGCAAAACUGGCCGCUGGAUGGUGACAGUUGACGGCCGUGAUGACUAUGAGACCACACCCGAGUUGUACCUCAAGUUUUGGGAAUACGACGACGAUGCUCGCAAUUAUAUUCUGAAUACCCGCGUGGAUGCACCACAUUCCAAGGAGAUUACCUCGUGCAUCUUUAAUCCGCGCGAAGGCAACCAGGCACCUAUGGUCGUCACCUCCUCGUUGGACGGAACCUUCAAGGUCUGGGAGCUAACCCACCAGGGAGAGGCGCGUCGUGGAAUUGAGGCUGAAAAGGCUUGGAGCUGUCGAUCAACUGGAUUCUACAGAGACAUGGUCCCACACUGUGCUGGAUUUUCCUCGGAUGGCUCCCUUCUUGCGGUCGCCUAUGAUCAGAUCAUCACCAUCUGGAACCCCUAUCUGAACACACUUCAAGCAGUCUUGACCCAACCCCCUGAGAACCGUCCCAUCAAGCACUUGACUUUCUUGAAGAACUCACCCUUCCUGAUUGCAGCGACUAAGGAUCAUUUGUACUCAUGGAACCUGCUGACUUGCUCGGUCUGGUGGAGCUAUCAAAUCAAGAUUGACAAUUUGAAGGCGUCACAGACAAAUGCCAACUUUGUGGUCACUUGCAACGACCCAGCCUCAACUACGACUCCUCAGCACAGGAUCAUCGUCUUCAAGGCCACGAGCCCUAAGCCCGUUCAUAUUGAAACCAUUAACAAGAAGGUUCGUGCGAUUACUUUCUUACCAGAUCCCGCAGUCCAGGCUAAGGCCGGUCCCUCGGAUGCGGUGGAGCCCAUUCUGAUCAUGAACCACGGAUACGAUCUUGAAGUCCUUGGGGGACGUACGGCCGAGGACUUGAAGGCCGAGGCUGAAGAAGCGGCAGAGAAGGCAAGAGCUCUGGCAUUGGAGGCCCAGAAGCAGAAGACGAUGGUAACGGAUAUCUUUGGAUCGUCGGCCAAGGCUGAGGCAGCAUCGGCCAAGGCUAAAGAGAAGAAGGAGAGGAGCGAGAGCACAGGCCGUGGUCUGGUGUCCAAGAAGAAUUUGGCCCGCAACCCGUUGUUUGAUGCACCUUCACAUGUUAUGGCACCGGUGUCGUCGUUGUUUGAGGUAUUCAUGGGACAGUUGUUGACGCAUAAUAAGGCCACUAAGGAGGAGGCUAAGGCACGGAAGAAGCAACAACAACAGGAGCAAGGAAUUCUGGAGAGUGGCGAAAGUGAAUCGACAGUAAAUGACGUGGAUAUGGAGGACGACUCUGGCAAGGCUGUGGAAGAUCAGGAUGUACCUGUGGAGACAGAGCUCCCAAGUUCGCUAGUCAGCUUUUUCUCGUCGCGGCUAACUCUAUAACUUCGAGGAGCUCUGAACCUACCCUUCUUUUUGUUUUAUCUCGCCCUCAAACAUGCCGCAUCUCUUUCGCACAUAUAAACACUCUCACGCUGCAUUAUCUGUUAUCGCAUAAAUAAAAUAACAUUUUCUAG